UCUCCCCGGCGUGAUACAUUCUUCACUGGAGCUUGCAUAUGCUUGCACAGCUACUUUCUGUGGCGUGUUGGCAGUAAAGGAUCGAGAGGGAAAAAGACGACAUGGCUGGCAUCGUGCUCCAAACCGAGGGAGGAAGCGGCGGGAUUGUGAUCGACGAUGACUGGCCGGGUUACAGUUUAGAACUCUUCAGCUAUCCUGCACACUACGCAGGAGACCUGGAAUGCGUGGUGGUUCCACACGGAGUCAUCAUGGACAGAACGGAACGUCUCGCCCGAAACAUCAUGGAUGACCUGGGGGACCAUGACAUCGUGGUCCUAUGCGUGCUCAAAGGGGGCUACCAGUUCUGCGCAGACCUGGUGGACAAGAUCAAGGCGUUGAGCUGCAGCUCGGACCGCACCAUCCCCAUGAGGGUCCACUUUAUACGUCUCAAAAGCUACCUGUACAGCAUUGACAAAGACUAUAAAAAUGGGACCCAUAACCUCCCUGCUUGGCACUCAGCAACAAAGGGUUGGAGUUGGGGGUUAAAUCACCAAAAUGAUUCCCGGGCGCGGCGCCGCUGCUGCCCACUGCUCCCCAAGGGGAUGGGACAAAUGCAGAGGACAAAUUUCACCACAUCUAGUAAUGACCAGUCGACAAAAAAUAUUCACAUACUUGGAGCAGAGGACUUGUCGUUUUUACAAGGAAAGAACGUACUGAUCGUGGAGGGCAUAAUCGGCACCGGUAAGACCCUGAAGGCUCUCCUGAAGCACGUCGAGGCCUUCAAGCCCAAAAUGAUCAAAGUUGCCGGAUUGCUGGUGAAGAGGGUGCCUCACAACACUGCACGCCUCCCACACUACGUCGGCUUUGAGAUACCCGAUCGCUUCGUGGUGGGAUACGCGUUGGACUACAACGAGUAUUUUAGAGACCUCAACCAUAUCUGCGUGAUCAGCGAAAGUGGCAAGCUGAAAUACAAGAUGUGAGGGAAGGAGUCGUGGUCUCACACAUUUCCGCCCUCUUACAGCUGCUAUGGGGGCAUUUGUCCUCUGAUGUCAUGGUUCAACAUUCCAUAUGUGAUGCUGCUGUUUAAGCUGUGGUGGAAUUCCUCAUACAGUGGAACCUCGGAAGGUGGAACAUCAAGCUUGGAAACAAUAUAUCUCAUUGGGAAUGGUCUGUUCCAGGGUCAAACUUGCCACCAUAAAUCUUUUAUCAACUGCACGGACAAGUUUUAAUGUAACAUUUUAUCCUGCCUUUAAUGACCACUGACAAAGACACAAUGCCUCUCAAGUGUUAGUUUUUAACUGUUUAACUUGUCACACAAGUUAAUUGCUGUCAAAACAAUCAAAAUACCUUAGAGUUAUGGCUUGCGGUCAAAAUGUUUUGGGAGACAUGCUAGCAUACCCGUAACACAAGUAUCCUAAACGUUUAAUAAUCAUUAGGAAAAUGUUCAAUAACUUAUGAACUUUUAGUUGUCAAGCUACAGUACGCUCUUGUGAAUGGUGGCCAUGUUUUACAAUCAAAUGUUACAGACAUGUGCCAGUCCCCCAAAGGCAAGUGCUAAAUUUGGUGAUUCAGCUCAUUUCCCUAAAGUUGCACUUGCCCAGGGGUGUCAAAACUAUUUUUCAUUGAGGGCCACAUCCCAGUAAGGGCUGCUUCAAGAGGGCUGUUAUUUUUAAAUUAAAUCACACUAUGCAUGCAGGUAAUAACCUGUGAUGAAUCAUGAUUAAUUGAAAUGUAUAUGCAUUUGAUUAUUAGAUUUUUUUUAUGUAUAACAUGCUUUAAAAUCACAAAUAAAGGUGACAAGCAGAUAUUUAACUAUUUGUUUUUAUCUCACAAAAAUAGUUUUGCAAUACAGUACGGUAUAUAAUAAUAUAAUUGGUAUGAUCAGAUAAUAUUGAAGUUUAAAAUACACAUUUUUUCUGUCAAAAUUUAAAGAACGAAUGCAUUUAGUAAAAAAAUAUAUUUCUUUAAAUAAGCAUUUUAUUGAAACCUAGUUUUUUCAGGCUGGGCCCCGGUCCUUGAGUUUGACUCCUGUGCACUAGACUGUUUUCUAAAUCUUGUUAAGAUGUGUGGGAAAUUUCAAGUCCAUACAGGGUGUUUAAUAACAGCGCCACAAAGUGGUAUAUUUGUCAGAAAAAUAAUAGCACAGGCAACACAGUAAGGGUGCAUUUUUUAAACACAUUUUCGCCAUUUUGUGUGCAUCGGUUUAUAAGUAGAUUAAUUAUAACCCACGGGGUGUGCUAUUUUUUUUUUCAAGUAGCUAACUUUUUUGGCCAAAAAAUCCAAACGUACAUAGUUGAUACUUUGAUGCUAAUUGAACUGACGUAUGUUGGGUAUUUCUACUUAAUGGAGUAUGGAAGAGUAUGUAGAGGCUUCACUGCAUAGACAAAACUUGCAUGGAAAAGACUGGAAUUCUGCUCUUUUUGCCUUAUAUUAUUGUUUUGCUCAAUGCAGUGUAAGGGACUGGUUGUCAUAACCAGAAAAAUGGAAGUUAAUCCUCUCUAAAUAUGUUUUUAAGUAGAAAAAAUGUAGCAUUUGGAAAUAAAACGAUUGUUGUCUUUUUUAACAUUUCACCAUUGUUCUUGUCAGAACCGUGUAGCAUUUUUAACACAACUGGACCUUUUUUUUGGUAUUCCUUUUUACAUUGAUGUCUUUAAUUGGAUCGACUUCCUUGAGCAACUUUUUGGUGUCAUUGCCAGAUUAAAUGUAUUUUAUAUGUAUUAAAAUGUGACGCCCUCCUAAGAUGUUAUCCUUUUUUCUAUGGACCUUUGUAGCGACUGUUUAUUAUUGUCAAUCAUAUUGUAGAGCAUGUCAGGUCACCAUUACAGGGUGGAAAAACAGAAAUAGGUGCCCCACAAAUGAGCCAAAAAGGCACAAAAGAGUCAUUUGUGUUGAACUGUUGUGCUCUUUGUAUACACCUGACAUAUGACUCUUGGUCUUUAAGCUGGGGACGCUGAGUGCUAUUUAAACAAAACGGUUUUUCACAUGCUGUUUAAGUGGAUUGACAGCAUGACCUUUAUAAAACCGUGACGAUGAUUUCCACAUGGAACCAUUUAACGCUAUAGGACACAGCAUUACUGCAGUAUCUUGGUUUUAGCUGUGACUUUUGACUCAUGGAAGCAUAAGUUAGUAGAAAAACAUUUGCAGUACAUUAUUUAGUAUUGCGGCAUGCUGACAAUGCCAAAUGUUGGAUUACUAAUAUUUACCAUUCGUUUGUUACGACAACAUAUUUUCCUACAAACAACCAAACCAGUGAAAGUGGCACGUUGUGUAAAUCGUAAAUAAAAACAAUACCGUUACUUGCAAAUAAUUUUCUACUUAUAUUCAAUUGAAUAAACUGCAAAGACAACAUAUUUAAUGUUUCAACGGAGAAAUUUUUUUUUUUUUUGCAAAUAAUCAUUAACUUUAAAAAGUUGGCACAGGGCCAUUUUUACCACUGUGUUACAUGGCCUUUCCUUUUAACAACACUCAGUAAAGGUUUGGGAACUGAGGAUACCAAUUUUUUAAGCUUGUCAGGUGAAAUUAUUUUCCACUUUGCAUCAGUCCAUCUUAGAUGAGCUCAGGUCCAGCAAAGCUGGCGGCAUUUCUGGGUGUUGAUAAAUGGCUUUUGCUUUGCAUAGUAGAGUUUUAACUUCCACUUACAAAUGUAGCGACAAACUGUAGUUACCGACAGUGGUUUUCUGAAAUGUUCCUGAGCCCAUGUGGUGAUAUCCCUUACACACUGAUGUCGCUUUUUGAUGCAGUACCAUCUGAGGGAUCGAAGGUCACAGGCAUUCAAUGUUGGUUUUCGGCCUUGCCGCUUACGUGCAGUGAUUUCUUCAGAUUCUCUGAACCUUUUGAUGAUAUUACGGACCGUAGACGGUGAAAUCCUUAAAUUCCUUGCAAUCGCUCGUUGAGAGAUGUUGUUCCUUAACUGUUCGACAAUUUGCUCACACCUUUGUUCACAAAGUAGUGACCCUCAGCCCAUCCUUGUUUGUGAAUGACUAAGCAUUUCAUGGAAGUUGCUUUAAUACCCAAUCAUGGCACCCACCUGUUCCCAAUUAGCCUGUUCACCUGUGGGAUGUUCCAAAUAAGUGUUUGAUGAGCAUUCCUCAACUUUCUCAGUCUUUUUUGCCACAUGUGCGAACUUUUUUGAAACAUGUUGCAGGCAUCAAAUUCCAAAUGAGCUAAUAUUUGAAAAAAAAUAACACAGUUUACCAGUUCGAACGAUAAGUAUCUUGUCUUUGCAGUCUAUUCAAUUGAAUCUAGGUAGAAAAUUAUUUGCAAAUCAUUGUAUUCUGUUUUUAUUUACGAUUUACACAACGUGCAAACUUCACUGGUUUUGGGUUUUGGCUUGUUUUUUUCUGUUAUGUUGCUUCAUCUGUAAACUAUGAGAAAAUAAAGUGCAAACAUACCAAAAACACUCAUAAAAAAACUACUUUGGAUACAUUAUUUGAGAGAUUUUGUUUUAAGUAUGUUUCCUUUCUGCCUCAAUGCCAUGUAUUGUACUUUCAUAUCCUGCUAUGGUAUGAUUAACUAAGUAAACUAUACAGUGUAGUCCAAAGCACAGGGAAUUACUGUCAGCAAAGAUGGAGUAUCUCUCUUGAUGCGCUUACAUAUGCAAAUUAUGUACUCAUACCAGUGGUUCUCAAACUUUUUUCCACCAAGUACCACCUCAGAAAACACUUGGCUCUUCAAGUAUUACCAUAAUGACCAACAUUAAAAUACAGUGGCAUAGUAGGCCUAAACAUUCAUAAGAAAAUAGCAGAGUUUUUAUUGAAAAAGCAUAAUAAAAAAUGUUUGGCCACUGAAACAUUACCCACAGUUUGAACAAUAACGCUUUGUUUAAAUUUUUAAGUGAUUCUUUGGCAUUCCACUAGAUCGAUGGUCAGCAACCCGCGGCUCUAGAGCCACAUGUGGCUCUUUAGCGGCGCCCUGGUGGCUCCAUGGAGCUUUUUCAAAAAUGUAUGGAAAUGGAAAAAAAAUGCGAUGAAAAAUGUUUUUUGUUUUAAUAUGGUUUCUGUAGGAGGACAAACACGACACAAACCUUCCUAAUUGUUGGAAAGCCCACUGUUUAAUAUGUUUGUGCUUCACUGAUGAGAGUAUUUGUAAAGCGCCGUUUUGUCCUACUAAUUUCAGCGGCCCUUGAACUCACUGUUGUGUGGACUGUGACUCAACAGUUUAACAUGUAUAACUUUCUCCGACGCUGCCACAGAAAGACGUGUUUUAUGUCACUCCUUCUUUGUCUCAUUUUGUCCACCAAACGUUUUAUACCGUGCGUGAAUGCACAAAGGUGAGCUUUGUUGAUGUUAUUGACUUGUUAUGGAGUGCUAAUCAGGAAUAUUUGGUCACUGCAUGACUGCAAGCUAAUCCAUGCUAACAUGCUAUUUAGGCUAGCUGUAUGUACAUAUUGCAUCAUAAUGCCUCGUUUGUAGCUACAUUUGAGCUAAUUUAAUUUCCUUUACUUAUGUCCUCUGUGUAUUUAGUUUAUUUUUGUUUCAUGUAUGUAAUAUUGGCUACAUUUCUGAUAUUUGUUUGUGCGCCAUGUUGUUCCAAACCACAGUAACCGUU